GCCAGCACCGGGCCCCGCUGCCCCGGUACCAGAUACCCGCCCUCUGCCUCCGACACUCUCCGGGACCCGCUGCCCCGGUACCCAUUACCCGGCCGCUGGAGCCAACAUGCCGCGCUCUUUCUUGGUGAAGAAACAGCACAGCUGCAAGAGAGCCAACUAUGGAAGACAGGAGUCCAGCGCUGAGGCUAGAGUUAAAGGGUUGACAAUAAGCCAUGUUUGUUUGCCUGUGUGUGUGUGUGUGUGUGUGUGUGUGUGUGGGUGUGUGUGUGUGUGUGUGUGUGUGUGUGUGUGUGUGUGUGUGUGUGUGUGUGUGUGUGUGUGUGUGUGUGUGUGUGUGUGUGUGUGUGUGUGUGUGUGUGUGUGUGUGUGUGUGUGUGUGUGUGUGUAUUCCAUAGAGCCCCCCUGCAGCACCCAUGAAGACUAUCUGCUGCACAAUGACCCCCACCAUUGUCCAGGCCCACGCCUCUGGCUGCAGCAGAGAGCCCUCUCCUGUCCUCCUGUGUCUCCAUCCUCACCAAACACCUGCCCUCUCUCCUCUUUGGGCCCCUCUACACACACUCACAGCAGAAGUCCUGCCGAUGCCUACCAACCAGCUGAGUCCUGUAGCAAAGGGAACCUGGGACUGCAGUGUGUCACAGGAGACCACAGGAAGAGACAGAGCCUCGCCACCUCACCCCUCCCUCUCCUGGUGUUCUUUCCAACCCCCCCUCCCGGCAGCAGUAGCCAACAGAGCUUUGAGUGUUCGGACUGUCAUAGAGAAUACUCGAGCUUCUCGGGCCUGGCCAAACACAAGCAGCUCCGGUGUGAGUGGAGCAGCAAGAAGUUCUUCAGCUGCAAGUACUGUGAGAAGGAGUAUGUCAGUCUGGGAGCCCUCAAGAUGCACAUCAGGACACACACUCUGCCCUGUGUGUGUAAACUCUGUGGCAAGGCCUUCUCCAGACCGUGGCUGCUCCAGGGACACAUCCGAACACACACAGGAGAGAAGCCGUUCUCCUGCCUCCACUGCAGCAGAGCUUUUGCUGACCGGUCUAACCUGCGGGCGCACCUCCAAACCCACUCUGAAGUGAAGAAAUACCAGUGUGCACGCUGCUUCAAGACCUUCUCCAGGAUCUCACUCUUAGCCAAGCACCAGGAGGCGGGCUGUGCCCGGUCCUGAUAGCCUGGGAUCUCAGCAGGCUCUUUGGAACUGUCUCCAGACCUGCUGGCAGUAUGACCAGUGGAACAUGCGGUGUCGUGUGGUCACACUUUGUUGAUGACAGCCUUCUUUUACACCAACCACUGUUCAGAAGAAAUGUUGGGACUACAUUGUGUAUUCAGUCACCUGCAGCAGGUGUGUAUGUCUCCAUAAGUAACACAUCAUGUUUAGGGUUGACAGUGUUGCACAGAGUGAGUCAGCAUAUUUUGAAAUAGAUAUGAUGUUGUUUGCUCUCGUUGCCUAGUAACAGGGAUGUUAGAACACCAUCCAACUGGAUCCAUCUUCAUCGUCAUCGACACAUGCGUUUUCAACAUCUGGACUACCUUUGUUGUAAAUCUUUUUAAUUUACACAUGAUCCUCCCCGUUAACUGGGGGUUUCUUUGGAAGUUUUUCCUUGUCCGAAGUGAAGGUUACCAUUAUGUUAAUAUAGCCCUACAAUACUAGCACUAACAAUGAGUGGUGCGUGAUCAGGAUCAGCUCACAGUGACGGCUCAUGCUGUGACGGUGAAAGCAGUGUGCCCUCUGCAUGGAUGUCUGUGUUACUACAUGUGUUGUCACUAAAACAAGAUGGCUCUUUGUUUGUUUAUCUUGCUUCCUGUGGUGCUUAUUGUCAGCUUUCUCCGAUGUCAUUACAAAGAUAUAGGAGAAAACACAGCAGCACAGUCUCACUGUCCCAGUAUCUGUCUGGCUCCAUGUUCCUGUUAGUGAGGGAGUGCACCGGUACAGUCUAGACUCUAGACUGCCGUAGUGCCAUUUGUUAUUUAGGCCAAGAUGUAGACAAAACCCCCGGCCAGGCAGUCUUGUUGGCUGCGUUCAGGUUCUGGUAGUACAACUUAAACAUCAAUCUCAAUGUUCUUUGAAGUAUGGGCUGCACCUUAAAGGAACAAACAGAUGUAGGAAGGUUUACAUGUCCUGUUACCUCAGCUAGUGUGCCCAGUAUCUGGGGGAGAGGCAGCACAUCAUUGAAUCAAAUCUAUAUUGUUGUAUAUGCUGUUUCAUAAACUUGUUCUGUUUUUGCAAAUACAUGCUUUUUGUUUGAACUCAUUCUAAAGUGAGUGACUCAAAUUAUAAACACUUCUUAAAAGUAUGCAAACUAUACCUGUUCUGGUAAAACGGAGAACCACAAAAAUCUCCUAUCCAGCAUUU